UAAUGUGUGGAUCCCCGAAGGACGUAGAGGAGGUGAAGAGAGUCUCCCAAGCCGACAGCAAAGAUAUUCUCUUUGUCCUUAUUGAUCUUUUCAAUGAUCAAUAUUACAUCAACACAUCGUCACUGCCGUCCAUGAAGAACGUGUUGGUGGUGACAAUGCCCAACACCAGAAACUACGUGAUCAACACCGACCUGAAAGACAACAACACGAUGAAUGAUUACAUGGCUGCGUACCACGACUCGGUGCUGAUGAUAGGCGAGGUGAUGAGAGAGAUAAUUGAGAAGAAUCAGUCGAACACUCAGCAGAUGGAGUUUGUCAACGUGACUAAGUUCAGAAACAUCUCCUUCAACGGAAGUGCUGGAACAUACAAGCUGGACAAACAUGGAGACAGAGACGUGAAUCUCUCAGUCAUUUACACCACCAAUGACAACAAGUACCAAGUGUUAUUCGAAUUCGACACCGAGCUCCAAGUAACCAAAGUGAUCGACGCGAACCCUUCCUUCAUCUGGGGGAAAAAGCUUCCUGAUUCCACCCCAGACCAAG